CGCCGGUUCUCUCUGCUUGCUCCAUCCCUCUGAGAGGAGUUGAUGCUGGCAUCACCCCCGCCACCACCACCACCUCCGCGGAAGCCGGUGCUGAUGGAUGCUGGGGAGUGCCGCAUUGCUUAGCGUCCCCGCCUCCGGGUUUGCUGGCACAUCCUUCAGCAGGGACCGCAGCAGCAAUACAGUGCUGGGGCUGAGAUGUGCGUGGGGGCUGUUUUCCCUACAUCUUGCAAGACAAGAGAAGAAGACGGGAACCAAGACCCGAAGCGCCCAUGCUGAGUAGAAUUAGGCGUUCUUUCUUUCUCUUUCUUUCUUGUUUUGUAAUUCAGAGAGACAAGAGGUAGGUUUGCAAGGCCUGCCCAGAGGCUUGCUUCUAAUGGGAGGCAUUGUUUUUAGGGGUCUGGGGUUAGAAGUUUAGAUACUCUCCAGAAAAACUGUGGGAAAAAGCAGGAGCAACAGGGUACUUGACUGAACACUGAGAGGAACCAUUUCCUGUACCGGAAACGAGGCAGACAGCAGCUAGGAGAACUGGGGGCUGGAGUGUGGUGUGGAGGUGGCAAGGGCCAGGUGUGUUGUUGGACACACAAGGAGAGCUUCAGAGAGGACAGCUUGGGUACAGGGGAACAAUGACUCAUUUGCAAGCUGGUCUCUCUCCUGAGACCCUGGAGAAAGCUCGGCUGGAACUCAAUGAGAACCCAGAUACUCUGCACCAGGACAUCCAGGAGGUGAGGGACAUGGUCAUCACUAGGCCAGACAUUGGCUUUCUGCGCACGGAUGACGCUUUCAUCUUACGCUUCUUGCGGGCCAGGAAGUUUCAUCACUUUGAAGCUUUCCGCCUCUUGGCCCAGUACUUUGAGUACCGGCAGCAGAACCUGGAUAUGUUCAAAAGCUUCAAGGCUACUGACCCUGGCAUCAAGCAGGCACUGAAGGAUGGCUUUCCUGGGGGCCUGGCCAACCUGGACCACUAUGGGAGGAAGAUUCUAGUGCUUUUUGCUGCCAACUGGGACCAGAGCAGGUACACACUGGUGGAUAUUUUGCGAGCCAUCUUACUUUCUUUAGAAGCCAUGAUCGAAGAUCCCGAGUUGCAAGUAAAUGGAUUUGUUUUGAUAAUAGACUGGAGUAACUUUACCUUCAAGCAAGCCUCUAAGCUUACACCAAGCAUGCUGCGACUUGCCAUUGAAGGUCUCCAGGACAGUUUCCCAGCAAGAUUUGGAGGAAUUCAUUUUGUCAAUCAACCUUGGUAUAUCCAUGCCCUGUACACUGUGAUCCGGCCUUUCCUGAAGGAGAAGACUCGGAAAAGGAUAUUUUUGCACGGUAACAACCUGAACAGUCUACACCAACUAAUUCAUCCUGAGAUCCUGCCUUCUGAGUUUGGGGGAAUGUUGCCCCCAUAUGACAUGGGGACAUGGGCAAGAACCCUGCUAGACCAUGAGUAUGAUGAUGACAGCGAGUACAAUGUGGACUCCUAUAGUAUGCCUGUGAAGGAAGUAGAAAAGGAACUCUCUCCAAAAUCCAUGAAGAGAUCGCAAUCAGUAGUGGACCCCACAGCACUAAAGCGCAUGGAUAAAAGCGAAGAAGAAAACACACAGCCUUUACUUUCUCUGGACUAAGAACUUCUCCACCUCCGCCCCCC